AUGGCGCUCUCCCGCUCUGCGUCACCUGCGCCGUCGCGCGUGUCUGCGCGCAGCAUGUUCCGCCCCUCACUGCCCUCCGCGGGCUCUUUCUUCUCCCCUCGCUCAUCCUCUUCCUCCGCCCGCGCGACUUCCCCCUCUUCCUCCUCCGCCUACGCUCACGCCGCUGCCGCAAGUGCCUCCAGCGCAACGGCUUCCGCCGCCUCCGCCGCCGCGCCCAUGGGUCCGCCGGCAUCCCUCAUGCCCCCCGCGGCCCCCCCGCGCCACUCUUCCCCCGUGCGCUCCUUUUCCUCCUCCCACUCUGUUCCGACAACUCCUCGCCGAUCCAAUCUCCAGCAGCUGGCGCAACUUAUCGUCUCCCCGCAACUUGCCCGCUCUCAGCAUCCCGCUCCCCCGGCUCCGCACCCCAUGACCCUCACCCCAUCCGCCAAUGUUGACCCUUCCCGGUCGGGCUCCCCCCGCCCAAGUUCCCCUAUUCCCAGUUCCCCCCGGCACAGUUACCCCCAGCCUUCCUCCCCCAAUCCCGCUUCCUCUCAUCCCAGUUCCCCGCGCCAUAGCUCCCCCUACGCGCUGUCCGCCUUUCCGGGGAGCGGAGGCUCCGCCUCGCGCCCAAGCUCCCCCAUCCCCGCUCGUCCAGGCACUCCGCGGGCGUCCGCAUCUUCCGCCUCCAACACCGGCGCGAACUUUGUCGGGGGAGCGUUUGGCCCUACGCGGGGAGUUCCCGGAAUGAUCACCGUCGCCAGCGCCGUUGCGCCUCCCGCGCCCGCGAGCACCGGCGGAGGAGGCGGAAUGGGAGGAUCUUCCGCGACAGGGUAUGCUGCGCAGCCGUCCGUCCUAGCCGCGCCGCCGACGUAUGCCCGCUCCAGCAGCCACAGCGCCGGCCAGCGCGCCGCAGCAGCGGCUAAUGCGGCGGCGCAUGCGCACGGCGCAGGAGGAGCGCAGGGAUUGCACUUUUACAGCACGCACGGGCACGGCGGCAGCGCCAACGUUGGCGGGAGCGGUAUCCCGUCGUCCCCGUCUUCAUCAUCCGCCGCUGCCUUCCGCUCCCGCGACCACCACCACCACCACCAGUACCCCUCCGCCUCCGCCGCCGCUCCCCCCGCACCCCUCGCUUCCGCUACGCCCGCCAGCGCCGCUCCGCCAGCCAGAACGCACUCGCUUUCCUCGGCGCAGCGCCGGCUGUUGUCGUCCGUCGAUGCGCUGCUCGCCGCUGCCGCCGUGGCAGGCGGCGUGGGGAGCAUCAGCAACAACGCCCCUGCCACGUCAUCAUCGUCAUCUUCCCGCGCGCCUGCUCGAGCGGAUGCCGUUCCGCCUUCCGCCGUCACCUCUCCGCCAUCUAAGCCCGCGUCGCCUCCGCUGGCUCCGCUCCCAGCUAUUGCGCUUCCCCCCAUCCGCGUCCCCGCGCGGCAAUCCGCGGCGCCGUCUGUUUCCGCGGCUUCCCCGCGCAACGCGUCCGCUUCGCCUUCCGCCGCCUCUGCUCCCCACCACUCUCUCCGCGCAUCAUUUGGCCCGCCGAGUGGCGGCGGCGGCAGCAGUGCCAACGCAAGCGCGCCGAGCGGCGACGAACGCACGGCUGCUGCUUCUGGACACGUGGCGACCACGCCGCAAAGGAAGGAGGCGAAGCCCCCCGAUCAGUACGUGCCGUACCACGUCGCGCCAGGAUCGUCUUUAUCGACCGCGGCGGCAGCGGCAGCGGCGGCGGCGGCGGCGCAUCCACAAGCACCCGCAGCUCCAGGCGUACCAAGCGGCGUGGUAUCCGAAACGGCAGGCUCGAAGGCAGCAGGAGCACGGGGCACUUCCGGCGGCGCAACAAGCGCCGGACCCGUCGGAAGCACGUCAACCGCAGCCGCAGCAGCGGGAGCGGCGGCGGCAGCGGGAAGAGUCGACGCAGCAGCGAUGGCGGGAGGUGGAAGCAUCAGCAAGACCUGGCUUCUGGACUCCGCAGGCGGCGCGGGUUUGGGAGGCGGUCCGGCGGUGACGGCUAUGGCGGGGUCUAUGGGCAGUGCCACGUCAGCAGUGGCGGUUGGCGCGGUCGAGGAUCCGUUACCUAAUUGGGACCCUACAGAUGACCGCCUUAGUAGCGUUGCCGGCAGCGACAAGGUCUUACCUGGGGGAGGUGUACCUACAGAUAAGCGCGGCGGCGGCGCGGCAGGGGGAGGUGCGGUCACGUGGGGAGGGGUGAUCGGCGGAGGCGGAAUGGUGGAUCGGCGGGAAGUGGCGCGGAAGUGGGUGGCGGGACACGCGGCGGCCGGAGGGGAGCAGGGUAUCGGCGGGAGCGGAAUGGGCGGAGGGGUUGGCGGAGGGCUGGGCGGAAGCAGCGGCAUGGGCGGGGCGUAUGGGAACGCGUUCUACCGCAUGGGGCGCACGCGCGCGUGGGCGACGCGGCGCGCGGGCACGGCGGUGCUGCGGCACGGCGCGCUGGUGUGCCUGCGGUGGGGGAAGGACAAGCUGCUGGCGGCCGUUGAAUCGAACGGACGAUGGGAGCUCGGCGCGGUGCCUCUGCCGCCGCUCGACACCUCCGCGCCAUCUGCGGAUGCCGCCACCACGGGAGGCGCAGGCGCAGGCGCGCGCGCCGCCGCGGGCGGGGGAGCUGGCGGAGCGGACAGUGGGGGCGGAACCAACGGAUCCUCGUCGUCAGCGUCGCCAGCGUCGCAGGCGUCGUCAGGGUCGUCGUGCGACGGCGUGCCUCUAGAGGGCGUGUUCGUGCUGAUGUGCUUCGGCGGCGGGCGCGUGGGGCUGCGCUCCGUCGCCGCGGACGGGCGCUGCCUCUCCGCCACCGCCGCGCCAACUUCCGCGCACUACUUCGCGGGAUGGUGCUUCCAGGAAACCGAGGUAUGGGCCAUGCCCCCGGACCUCUCCUCUCUCUCCGCGCCCCACGCCUCCUCCCCCGCUGCCGGCGCACAGGCGCGCGCGCAGCCGGCGGGCGGGGGCGGGGGAGGAGACGCUAGCGGAGGGGGAACAGGAGCUGGUGCGGGGGCGGGAGGGGGAGGGGGAGGGGGAGGGGGAGGGGAGGUGGAGGUGGGGGGGUGGUGUGAGGAGCUGGGCGGGGUGUUGGAGGGCGCGGUGCUGCUGAGCAGUGUGGUGCAUCCGGGGGUGGUGAUGCAGGUGCACGUGCAGGGCAUCGCCGCUCUCUCCCACCGCGCCUGGCGCCACACCCAGAACGAGGCCAGCGCUGCCAACCGCCUCCGCGGCCAGGUGCUACAGCUGAGAGACAGGGUGAGGCUGCUGGAGGCCUCAGAGACAGUGGCAGCAAUGGCAGCAGCGGCUGUCGCAGCCAGGGAGGGCGGAUCCGGGGUAGGUGACAUCCCGCUCAAGCUGCCUCUGUGCGCCUGCCCCUACAAGCCUGCUUCUGGCGGGGAUGGCAGAACAGCCACCGGUGCUACUGCCGCUGCUGGUGGUGGUGCUGGUGGUGGUGGUGGUGGUGGUGUUGCAUCUGCUGCUGCUGCUGCUGCUGGUGGUGAUGGGAGGUGUGCGACGUGUGGGCUCUUUGUUGCGGCCAGCAACCAGAGUGUUUUCAUCACCACCAUUGCCAAUCUUAAAGCCAGAGGUAGGGACGAGCUGCGUCUGCUGCAGUCGACUUGUGUAUUCCCUCCACCCUCUCUCCAUCUCUCUUCCUCCUCCCAACCUCUUCGGGCUCUCCUUCCCUCUGCUCCAUCCUGCCCUUUUCGUUUUCCACCCACACUCACCUUCAGCUCUCCACUAUCACUUCUCUUGUCUUUCCUCUCUUCACUCGCAUCUUCCCUCCCCCUCUCCCCCCCUCCCCACCUCCUCCCCUCCCUCCCCUUACCCACUCCCCUGCGAACCAUUUUGCUUGCCCUUGCCCGAGCUUCACCCCUCCACUUCUUCGUCCCCUUUUGUUCUGUUCUAAACGUCCCCUUCUUUCUCCCCUCUACUUCGCCAGCCUCCCUCUUUCCGUCCUCGCCUCAUAAUCUUACCUUCCUCGCUCCUGCCUCCCCCCACCCCCUGGAGGAGGAGCUGCGCGCCAAGUCGCACAAUCUCUCCACCAACUCCUCCCCCGCGCCCUCCAUCGCCUCCUUCUCCUCCUUCUCCUCCUCCUCCUCUUCCGCCACCUCCGACUCCGCGCGCGGCGGCUUCCCCCACUCCACCUCCUCGCUCCGCCCGCCCUCCCCCCCCGCGGCGCUGGCGGACAUGGAGCGCCGCGCGCUGCAGGCGGAAGGGGAGAAGGCGGCGCUGCUGCUGCAGAUAGAGGAGCUGGUCGCGGGGAAGCGCGAGGCGGAAGCGGGGCUGCUCGCGGCUAAGCGGGAGGCGGAAGCGGAGGCGGAGGCAUCGGAGAGCAUGCUGGCAGCACUGCAGCACAAGAUAGAGCGCCUGGAGCGCCUGCACGCACACCCCAGGGGUGUUACCGCCGCUGCCGCUACCACCGCCGCUACUACUGCCGCUGAUGGUGGUGUUGCUGGUGCCAGUACAGCAGAGGCAGCAGCGCCGUCGGCAAGGAACGCGCCAUCCUCCUCCGUGCCUGCUCCGCCUGCUCUCGCUCAAGCGCCGCCACCGUCACCACCGUUGCUGGCGUCGUCGUCGCCGCCAUUGCAGGCGUCUGGGGAGAUCCCCAGGCGCCUUUACCGUGCUGCUUCUUCCUCCGCUGCAGCUGGGGCAUCAUCGUCAGCAUCAUCAGCAGCAGCCGCAGCGGCAGCCUUCCACGGCCUGUCCUUCUCUCCGCCUCCGCACUCUCCCUCGCCUCUUCCCCUCUCCGCCAAUCAUCCCUCCGCUGCUGCCGGAUCGCCCCCUCCCCCCCUCUCCCUAUCCGGGGCCCGUUCCCCCGCGUCCGGCGCUUCUUCCGCGCGCAGAGAGCUGGGGGGCUGGGGAGACGCAGGCGGGCGGAAGGAGAGGGAGCGGGAGAGAAGGCAGGCGUGGGAGCGAGAGCGCGAGGAGCGGAAGCGGCAGGAGGAGGCGGAACGAGAGAGCGCGCGGGAGAGCGCGCGGGUGGGCGCGCGGGAGAGGGCGCGCGAGAUGGAAAGAGAGCGGGAGCGGGAGAGAGAGAGGGAGAGGGAGCGGGAGCAGGACCGAGGGCGGCGCGUUGCAGAGCGGAUUCUCGAGAAAGAACGAGAGAGGGAGAGGGAACGCGCGCGCAUGAUGCGGAGGCUAAAGAGUCCCCAAGAGGCAGCAGCAGCAGAGGCGGCCGCGGAGGAGAUGCGCGUGAGGGUGCACCAGGGGAGCGACAACCUGGGGUUAGAUGCUUUCUGUCGCAUGCACAGCCAGGGCAGCCUGCCGGGCAGCCUGAGAGAGAGCCUGGUGGGGAGCGUGCAUGGGAGCGUGCAUGGGAGCCUGCACGGGAGCUUGCGAGGGAGUUUGAGAGACGGGUUACAAGGGAGGAAGCAUGGUGGUGGUGAGGAGGGUGGAGUGGGUGGUGGUGGUGGUAGCGGCGCUUGGUGGGGACGUGGAGGGGAGGGUGGUGAGGAUGGUUGUGGUGGGAGAGGACGAGGCGGAGGAAUUGGCGGGGACAGGGAGGGAGGGAAACACGGUGGCGGUGGUGGUGGUGGUGGUGGUGGUGGUGGGAACAAUAGCAGCAGCCGGCUUGUGAGAAAGGCAUCAGCGGGAGCAGGAGGAGGAAGAGGAGGAGGAGGAGGAGGAGGAGGAGGAGGAGGAGGAGAAUCAGGAGUGAGGAGCAGUUUGGAGGAGUGCCAGGGCGGUUUGAACUCUCUGUUCGAGCCUGUGCUUCAAAAGAGUCCAACGGUCUUGCUCAAGGAGAUGCCUAUAGCAGUGGCAGGAGUGCCACCACAGAUGCAGCAGCAGCAGCAGCGGAUGCAAUUGCAGGUGCAGAUUACAAAAAGCCUGAAGCAGAAAAGCGAGGAAGCAGCGAGGCACACACGAGCAGCACAAGCAGAGGAAGCAGCAGGCCCAAGUGGUCGUCUGGCGCUGCUGCUGCUAGCGAGCACACCACAGAAGAGCGUGCAACAGGGGAAAGAGGAACACAGAGGAAAGGACGGAUUGGUGUUUCGGGUGUCACAGAGAGGAGGGCUUAGAGGUUCUGAAGGGGAGGGUGUGUCUGGUGAUGAGGGAGGUGACUGGGGUCUGCGUGGGGGUGGUGGGUUGGAAGCGGCGAGAGAACGAGGCAGGGAGCAAGGGAGGGAUAUGCUGAGUCGAGAUGCUGCUGCUGCCGCCACCUCUUCAACCGCUGCUGCUGCUGCUGCUGCUGCUGCUGCUUCUGUGCCUUCAAGUCUUGAUGCAGCUCAUAAUGUGGAAGACCCAUUCGCACCAGCACCAGCACCAGCACCAGCACCAGCACCAUCAACCACAGCUGCAGCUGCAGCAGUUGCAGCACCGUAUUUAUGUCUGACCACAGACUCUCGUGUUUCCGCUACUAGCAGACGGGCGGCUGAAUCCAAUGCUGCCUCCACUGCUGCUGUUGCUGCUGCUGCUCCUUUAUCUCCUUCCUCCCACCUCACUGGUACAACAACAGCAGCAGCAUCAGCAGCAGCAAGUGCUGGUUUGGAAGGGAAGCAACAGGCAAGCACAGUGCGCACAGCUGCUGUGGGUAGCAGAGGUACCGUAACCACUAGGGACGCUGCAAGCACAGCUGCAGACGGUGCUGCUGCUGCCAUCAAUGCAACAAACAGCAUCCCUGUCACCAGCAGCGGCAGCGCAGCAGGCAGCAUGAGAACCAAUACCACCAACACCAGUACCACCACGACCACCACCAAUGCCACCACGAUCAAUAAUGCCACCGGCAAUACCACCAGCAAGACCAGCAGCAGCAUCAUCAGCAGCAAGACUAGCCCUCCAGGCGCUACAGCAGCAGCAAGUGCAGGCCGGCCAUCCUCCUCCCUGAGCGCGUCUCUAGCAGCAGCGGAUCUGGGCCCGUCUCUCAAGCAGCGCAUCCUGCUGCUGCAGCAACGCAUGAACGCCAUGCAAGCAGCCACCACCGCCGCUGCUGCCGCUGCCGCCACUGCAGCCGCAGCAGCAGGAGGCGCGGCCUCUUCUGGGCGGCUGUCACCCACGUCGGUUCUACCCUCCAGCAGCAGCAGCACGGUCAGCUCUCCUGGGAGCGUGUGGCUGGGUGGUGGUGGUGAGGGUGGCAUAGGAGGCGGUGUUGGCGGGACUUCCCCUAUCUCACCCCACCUAUGA